AUGGAAAACUUCUGCUGCUGCCAUUUACUUUAUUUUACGCUGCAGAGUUCUGUGGGAAAGAAACAAGCACAUUCUUGCAUCAAGGUCGCUCUUGACUUUGUGUCACCUGAAAAUAUUGGUGAGUGCAUUCGGCUGACUGAGGAAUUUCGUCGUCUUCCCCAGACACAUAGGGCUAAUGAAGACAAAUUAGAGGUUAAAAAGAUGUCUCUUCACACUCUAAACCAAGCUUUGGAUGAUCUGGAGCAGCUUGGACAGUCUAGGAAAGCAGAAGUACAAGAAUCACCAUUGGAGACCUUGCAACCAUGUUUGGCCUUGUGUCAACCGUUGGAAGAUCUCCCCUCGUCUUCAUCACCAUGUUCAGACUCCCAUCAAACAUUGGAUGAUGUCCCACCUCCUAUCCCAACAUCAACUUAG